AUGGAGACAGUACACGUACUGGCACGUCUGGCAACACUGUACGAGUAUGGAGACAGUACACGUCUGGCACUGUACACUGUGGCAACACUGUACGAGUAUGGAGACAGUACACGUCUGGCAACACUGUACGAGUAUGGAGACAGUACACGUCUGGCAACACUGUACGAGUAUGGAGACAGUACACGUCUGGCAACACUGUACGAGUAUGGAGACAGUACACGUCUGGCAACACUGUACGAGUAUGGAGACAGUACACGUCUGGCAACACUGUACGAGUAUGGAGACAGUACACGUCUGGCAACACUGUACGAGUAUGGAGACAGUACACGUCUGGCAACACUGUACGAGUAUGGAGACAGUACACGUCUGGCAACACUGUACGAGUAUGGAGACAGUACACGUCUAACAACACUGUACGAGUAUGGAGACAGUACACGUCUGGCAACACUGUACGAGUAUGGAGACAGUACACGUCUAACAACACUGUACGAGUCUGGAGACAGUACACGUCUAACAACACUGUACGAGUAUGGAGACAGUACACGUCUAACAACACUGUACGAGUCUGGAGACAGUACACGUCUAACAACACUGUACGAGUCUGGAGACAGUACACGUCUAACAACACUGUACGAGUCUGGAGACAGUACACGUCUGGCAACACUGUACGAGCAUGCAGAAAGACUUCAAAGAAAAAAGAUCAACAUUUUGACCCAAACGCGAAAAAAAUUUGGCGAGAAUGUUUAG